UUUUUCAUUUAUUUAUAAAAAAUUGAAAAUAUGAUAAUAUAAUAAAUAAGAAAUAUGAAAAUAUAAUAAAACUAAAUUUAAAUUAAUAAUAAUAAUAAAAUAUCCGCAAUCUAUUAAUUAAACUUAUUCGAAUAGCUAUACAUAUUUAAAAAACUGAUAAAUAUUUUUAUUAUAACAUAUUAUUUAUUUUAAUGGGAAAUUUUUUCCAUAAUUAAAUGAAACAAUUUUUUAAACGAGCAAUUUUAUUUUUAUUUAAAUAUGUAACUUUUGAAACAAAAAUACUAAAAAUUUCAGAAUCACUAUAUUUACAAGACGAAGCUAAAUUCGCUCUUGUUUGAAUAAAAAAGUGUCUGACAUAUGACAUAUAUUUAUGAAUUAAAACAAAUCUCUGAAGGAGCGACAUUUAUAAUGUCAUUUAUUAAGCUUCAUUGUCACUUCAAUCUUGAAAAGUGAUUUCCGUCACUUAAAAAUUGAUUUAUUUCGGAAGCUAACAAGAAAAACUUUAUAACAUAAAUUCAUUGAAUCGAAAAUGAAUAUAAAAAAAAAAAUAAUCGCAAAUUUUCCAACUUUCUACUGAUUCAGGGAGAAAAAUAAUCUUUAUAUCUGAAGAAUAUAAAAAUAUGAUAAAAUUAAUGAUCACUAGAGGCUAGUGAUAGUAAUAAGAAAUAGAGAAAUAAAUUGAUCAACAACGAGCACAAAUAUCAAUUACUUUACAUGUAAUUAUAGUCGUACAUAUAUACUUUAACUUAAAAAUUCAAUACGCUUAGAUAGAAAUCGAAGAUAUACAAAUAUUAUUUUUAGUAUUUACGCCUACGGCUUGAGAAUUUAUUAAAUAAGAAUUCAAUAAUUUAAUAAUUAGUAACUUUUAAUAAUUAACAAUACUAUUUUAAAAAAACAUUGUAGAAUUGUAUUCUAUCUUUGUCAGGAUUUUGAUAUUUACUGCAAUAUAAAUUUUGCAUGUAAAAGAUAAUUUAUAAAUUUAAUAUCAGAUUUUAAAAUUAAUUAGCAAAUGACAAAAUAUAAUUUUCAAUAAAAAAUAAUUUCUAUGCAUGUUAGUUAUUUAUUUUAAUGAAGUUACUGAAAGUUUAUUUUGAAAUUAAAUCAUUAUUAUCUUAAAUAUGUGUAUUUAAUAUUUAUUCCAUAAAAUUUAAACUUUAAGUCAUAAUAUUAAUAUAAAUAAAAUCUUAUAAUAAAAAUUUUAAAUAAAUGAAAUUUUUAAAAUUAGAUAUAUGCAUAUAAAACCAUGCGUUUUCAAAUUUAAAAAUUUUCUUGAUCUAUAUUGAAUAAAAUUUAAUUUAAUAAUUAACAUUAUAUUUAUUAUAUUAUUAUCACAAUUCAUUUUGUAAAUAAAUGUAUAAUAAAUUCAAGAUUAUUAUGAAUAAUAUAAUUAUUAAAUUUUUAUAAAAUCACUAGCAAAAACAUUAUAUAAUAAUUUAACUACAUAGUUAGGGAUUUUAUCUUUAAGUGAUUGUAUAUUCUGUAUCCGAAAUAACCUAUAUGCGGUAUUACUUACUUAUUCAUUGAAACGUCCGAAAUAUAAGUACGUGUUAAAUAAUUUAGUUAUCUUAUAAUGACGAUUAAAGAAAAUAAAUUCACUGAAUUAAUCAAAUUUAAAUCCUGGGGUUGUUAUCCUGAAGGAUAUAAUCCUGUAGAACAUGGUCCAUAUGAUCCUUCUCGAUACUAUGGGAAACCUGAUACACCAUUUGGCGAUGUCAAACUUGGUGAAUUAUCAGCAUGGUUUAGUCGACGUGAAAAAGGAUUUAGACAAUUUGCAGCCUUAAUUUCUCGAGCACAUUGGCGUUGGCAAUUAAAAUAUAUACAUCCCAGGAAAGCAAACAUGGCUCCAUUAUAUCAAGUUGCCUUUUUAGGUUCAGUAUUUGGUUAUUGCAUAAAUUAUUUGCGUCUCAGUAAGUUUAUAUGCAAUCUUAUAAUUGAUUAUUGAAAUUAUAAAAAUUAGUAUAUUAAUACCAUAUUGUACAUUUUCAUUUUCAGGGGGACAUAGAAAUUAUAAAUAUCAUUAAAAUAUUAUAUAUUAUCAGUGUUUUACAUAUAAAAAAUGUAUUCAAAAUGAAAUACUAUUGUAAUGAUUAGUUAAAAAAAGUAAUGUCAACAAUUUUAGACAUCUUUAAUGUAAAAUAAAUAUUAUUCAAACAUUUAA